AUGCAUAGAUUAAAAACUAUAAUCUCGUACAACGGCAUCCACAUAAAUCUGAUUCUUGACGUGUUUUAUUAUCAGCCCGCACUCGCCCCUGCAGCUGCGCUCGCCCCCUUGCCCGCGCUUACCACUGCAGCUCGCAUUCGCCCCCACAGCCCGCGCUCACCCCUGCAACAUGCGCUCGCCCCUGCAGUCGCGCUUGCCCCUGCAGCCCGUGCUCGCCCCUGCAGUCGUGCUCACCCCUGCAGCCUGCGCUCGCCCCUGCAGCUUGCACUCUCCCCUGCAGCCGCGCUCGCCCCCUGCAGCCGCGCUCGCCCCUGCAGCCCGCGCUCGCCCCUGCAGCCGUGCUCGCCCCUGCAGCCCGCUCUCGCCCCUGCAGCCGCGCUCGCCUCUGUAGCCCGCGCUCGCCUCUGUAGCCCGCGCUCGCCCCUGCAGCCGCGCUCGCCCCUGCAGCCUGCGCUAACCCCUCCAGCGCACGCUCGUCCCUGGAGCCGUGCUCGCCCCUAUAGCCCGCGCUCGCCCCUGCAGUUGCGCUCACCCCUGCAGCCCCGCGCUCGCCCCUGCAGUCCGCCCUGCCCUUAG